GCGGGAAAGAUACUCGAAGCGUCUUCUACGAGAGCUGAACUGAGCAAUCCGCUGAAGCCAUGAAGUUAUUUUUCAGACUUAAACGCAGAAAAUGGCUAAAAAUCCUCCUCGUUUUCAUCUGUCUUAUUAUUAUUGCGACACUCUUGGAACAGAUGUACCUCGUUAGAACGAAACCUUUGUUAAAUGUCUACAUGGCGAAAGUCGGUAGCUCAAUCGACCUUUCCUUUCGUACUGACUGGGACACGAAGUUCUCCCGAACGACAUGCGCAAUAACGCAUAUUCAUACUAACCAUUCUCAUGAUGGUAAGAAAUGCCAACUUCCUAAACUGGAUCCUUUCCGUCCAUACGUGGUGAAAGCUAUCAAGCCUGUAGAGUCAAUAGACUGCACUGGAAGAUUGUACACCGAAUAUGAAAAUAGCGUGUUAAGACUACUUGACGAUGUCAAUGAAGAGUCUCAAAUCGAAGAGGUGUUUGCAGUGCCAAUCCUUCGAAUUACAGAUCACCAUGCGACCUACGGAGAGAAGACCUUCCUUAGCCUGAAUAACAGAAGUGCCAUUAUGGAAGAUGACUUCCUCAAGGUGACCAUUCGCUUUAGAGACGGAUCAGAGCAAACAGAUUUUCACGCCUCGAUUUCAGAAAUUCCCGAAGUUUCAAAGCGGAAAGAAACGCACAGCUCCCCCUUAAACAUAAUGAUUCUGGCAUUCGAUGGAACAUCGGCUGCGCACUUUGAGAGGAUGCUACCCAAAACAUAUACUUACUUGAAAGACAAGCUAGAUUCCAUCAUAGUGAGAGGUUACUCAGUCGUAGGAGAGUCUACGACGCCCCAACUGACUGCACUUUUGACGGGAAGGUCAUUGGAGGAGAACUGCGCUUUUAGUGAAGGAAGGAAAGAGUACCCAGCCUCUACAUUUGUAGACGUGUGGCCCUUCAUAUAUAAAGAUAUGAAACGUCUCGGAAUAGUUACGAUGUGGAGUGAAGAUGAUUACCUCUUGGGCACAUUCACUCUCAGACUGAACGGAUUUAACGAGCAACCCACGGACCAUUACGGAAGAACCCUAUGGUUAACCACGCCCAAGGAGCUCUGCUUAGAAUCUCAGCAGCAGUACAAGGUACAGCUGAAAUACCUCAAAAGCUACAUGAAAUCAUAUCCCGGGAAAAGGAAAUUUGGUUUCACUUUUUUUUCCGAUUUGUGUCAUCGUGAACCUGGUCUUGUCCAUGCUGCUGAUGGCGGAAUAACAGCCUUUUUCGAGUCUCUUCAACGAGAGAAUCUUUUGAAUGAUACCAUGUUCAUCACCAUGUCCGACCACGGUGCAAGAUUUGAAGAGGUGAGACAAAGUCCCCAGGGGAAAUUAGAGCAGCGACUUCCAUUUCUUUCUUUCACCUUUCCUACUUGGUUUAAACGCAGUUAUCCGGAUCAAAUGGCAGCUCUGGUUAAAAAUACUCACUUUAUUUCUUCACCGUUCGAUCUUCAUAAAACGAUAAAACAUCUGUUAGCGUUCCCAAGAAAGAAUUUUAUGGAGAGCGAUACAACAGGUAAAAGCUUUUUCGAGCCUUAUUCUAUCAGCAGAACCUGUAGCGAUACGGGCAUUCCGGAAUAUUACUGCCCGUGUUUAAAGUGGCACCCCAUUAGUUUAAAUCAUCCGCAUUCGAUGGAAGCUGUUAGAACUGCGGUGGACCACAUCAACGAGCUAUUAAUGUCACAUUCGAUGACAGCCGAAUUAUGCCACCAGCUUAAACUUAAGAUGAUCGUUGAAGCUUAUCAGAGUCAACCAAGCAGUGAAACACAUCUCACUUUAGAUCUUGAACAAACCAUGUGCACUUAUCAAAUUCAAUUUCAAACCACACCUGGUGAUGGCAUAUUUGAAGGGCUAGUCAGGAUGGACUUAUCCGGAAACUUUAAAGUUUAUGGCAAACUGGAUCGUAUUAAUAUGUACGGUGAACAGCCGCGGUGUAUUUAUGAGCCUGUACCGUCUAUGCGACCUUACUGUUUGUGUAAAUAACGGACAGUUCUUUAUUAUUCACUUCUUACCAACUCAGUAUGAAAACCGUACUGGGGAAAAUUGGCCCGAGGUCGAGGCAGUACGGACCGAGCGCAGCAUCCAGAAACGACCUAGUUAAUAUUCCCCAGUACGGCUCUAGCAAGAAAGGUUAGUAGGAAGUUCAUAGUAAAGCACUCGGACCAAACUAGGUUAUUUUGACUUUGCCGGCUUUCGCGAACAAAAAUGCUCGUCUUAUGACCGUUUCCGUGGAAACUGUUCGUAUGGCAAAAUACGGACCCAGUAAGAACCAAUCACAACGCUCGGAUUUACCUCAUGGCCAACUUGCCACAUACCAAAGGGUUGUAACUGGAAUGGUUAAUUUUAAGAGGAGACUUGCAAUGAGGGACGGUCAUUUCUGAAAAGGAAAUACGAGUUACAUAUGUUUUGCCUUACAUUUUUGCUAACAUGCAAAUUAGUAUGUACGUAUGAUGCACGAUCCUCGCAGUAGAUAGCGCUAUUUAUGCAAUAGCGAAAAUCAG